AUGGCGCGUAUCGAAGCGCCGACGUGGCAGCCCUCACGACGACCAAAAGCCUUGUCAACGGCGUCUCGCUGCAUCUGCUUCGUCUUUCUCUGCUGCUUGUUGGUAACAGAUCUAUCCACGCUUGCCGGUGUGAGGGCAGCACCCAGCGGCGUCCUCGCUAUCGAUGCAGGAACAGACUCGACAAAAGCUGUCCUCAUCAAGCCUGGCGUUCCUUUCGACGUCGUCUUGAACAAAGAUAGCAAACGCAAGACGUCGAGCAUCGUUACGCUCCGUGUGAAGCAAGAGACCGUCGACGGUGCAAAGAAUAAAGUAGAAGUAGAGAGGUUUGUCGGAGGCGACGCAGCGAGUCUCGUCACGCGCUUUCCAAAAGAUACCUACCCGUCCACGAAAUUUCUUUUGGGCAGGACGAGCGAAAGUGACAUUCAAGUCGCUCUGUACCAGAAGCUCUUUCGACUUGGCCUCAAAAGUACGCAUCGCAAUACGCUUGGCUACACUCCUUCGGAUGCCCUUGUGAAAGCGCAGCAAGCUGUUGCGGAGAAAGGCGAAGAGCUCGAAGGAUGGCUUCCCGAGGAGAUCAUGGCAAUGUUACUCAAAGACGUUCAAUCGAGCGCUCAGGCCAUCACGAGUGACAAGGAGCGCAUCGAAGAUGUCGUCAUUACCGUGCCGGCUCAUUACAAUCCGUACGAGCGCAAGGCAAUGCUCGAUGCCGCAGAAGUAGCCAGGCUCAAACCGCUCGGGUUGAUCAACGAUGGCACGGCGGUAGCGAUCAACUUUGCAAUGACACGCACCUUCCCUGUGACCACCGCGACAGAAGAGGAAGUGCAAAGCUCGAACACUUUGGUUGGUGAAGAAUAUCACUUAUUCUACGAUGCCGGUGCAGGGUCUGUACGAGCAACCGUAGUCGGCUUCUCGACGCUCGCAGUCAAGGACCACCCGACAUCAAAGACAACACGCAACGCAACGUCUCUCAAUGUUCGGGGCAUCGGAUGGGAUCGAUCAGCAGGCGGUCUUGCGAUUGAGGCCCGCUUGCGCGACAUCUUUGUCGGUCUCUUCGACGAUAGCCAAUCUGGCAAGCCGAGUGUAGCCAACAACGAUCGUGCAAUGGCCAAAUUACUCAAGGAAGCCAACCGAGUCAAGCACGUCCUCAGUGCCAAUGGCGAAUCACAGGUCAGAAUAGAGGGGCUCGUCGACGACAUCGACUUCAAAUCCCGCGUCGAAAGAAGUCAGCUCGAGUCACUGUCGGAGGAUCUCGUCCAGCACUUUGCUGGACCCAUCGAGCAAGCGCUGCUCAAUGCCAACAUCACACUAGCCGAUCUGACCUCGUUCGUGCUCGUGGGAGGUACCUCUAGAGUACCUCUCGUACAAGCUGCCGUCAAGUCCAUCGUGCCGGAAGCGCUCAUUGCUCAAAAUCUCAACGCCGAUGAAGCUGCAGUCAUGGGUGCAGCUCUCUAUGGAGCUGGUAAAUCAGGUCAAUUCAAGACGAAAGACAUUCGCGUGCGAGAUCUUACUCCCUUUGACUACUACGCGCUCUACCAAUCUGCUCCAAACGAAAGCGGUCACACUGAGCAGAUCAAGGACGUGCUCUUUCCUGCCGGCACUCCGCUGGGUAUGACCAAGACACUCGAGUUUGCUGCAGCAAGUGACGCCUUCACCAUCAAGCUUGGCCAUUCUUAUGCGUCUUCAUCGGGCGAACCUGGCGGCGAGAUCAUGACCGCCACCAUUCGGGGCUUCGAAAAGGCAUUGGUAAAUGUGACGGAAGAAGAGAUUGCCAACAGCACUGUUCGCGUCACGGUGCAACUGAGCGACUCGAAUGUCGUCACCAUCCCAUCUGCGAUGCUGUUCCUGCCGAUGCCGCCAAUCAAGCUCAAUGCUGACGAUUCUCUCGGUGCAAAGCUGAAAGGAUUGCUGGGUGGCAAGGACAAGGAAAAGAACCUGACGGAUGAUCCAGAGAUCGCCAAGAUGCUCCAAGAUGCUAUCAAGCCCAAGAAGCCAACGAUGCUGACAGUCGAUGUCAAGUAUGCCACAGUACUGCCUAUGCUACCAUCAGAUAGAAUCAAGUCGCGUACAAAGCUCAGCGAAAUUGACGCGGCAGAGUCGAGGAAGAAAGCAAAGGAAGAAGCCCGCAACGUGCUCGAGUCGCUCGUCUACCGCGUGCGUGACCACCUCGAGGAUGCAGCGUUCGUCAGACGAUCGACACAAGCCGAAAGAGACAGCUUGUCGAAGGUUCUGGCGAGCACAUCAGAUUGGAUGAGCGACGAAGCCGAGACGGCAUCUCUCAAAGAUCUCAAGACUCAUCGCCAUACUCUCGAGAAACCAUACAAGGUCAUUAUUGCGCGCGUUGACGACGCUCGUGAGAGACCUAGAGCUUUGGCCGAUCUGCAGGCAGCCAUCUCGCAAGGACGUUCGUUUAUCAAGGUGCAUGAAGCCGACGCCAUCAUAGAGGCCGAGACCGACACGCCGCCGCGAUAUACCUCGGACGAACUGACGUCGAUUGGCUCUCUACUCAAUACGACCGAGACGUGGCUAUCAGAGACGAGCGAGAAGCAAGACAAACUAGAGUUGCAUGACGACCCUCUGCUUCGUCGAGUCGACCUUGAUGUCAAGACGAAAGAGAUACACAAUGAGCUGACGAAGCUGCUUCGCAAGCCGAAACCAAAAGCAAAAAAGCGCAAGGCCAAGCCAACGCAGACGCAACCUGAAGCAGCUAACGUUACGCAAGCGCAAGAACCAGUCGAUACGACGCCGGAAGCAGACAAGGAGCCUGUACGCGACGAGCUAUAG